CAACGAUGGAAGAAGAUGGUCACCAUACAGAUUUAGAACUCUCAGACCGCAGACUUCAUGAACUAGAGGAACUGUAUUUGACAUGUUCACGAUGCCAAGGGAACUUUAUGAACGAUGAUAGAUUACUUGCUCACCUUUUACCAUGCCUUCAUACUAUCUGUAGCAGGUGCUUGCAUGAUUUACGUCAGAAGCAUUCCAAACAGAUCAAGUGUGUCGUGUGUGGGGUAGUAUUUGACAUUAAGUCAGACGAUGUUACGGAGUCAUUUCCGCUAGACAACACACGCCUGGAUCUGAGGGACUUUCUUCGCAUGAAGAAGGGUGCUGACUGCAUCUCUUGUAAGGGUGAUGGUAAAAUGGCUUCCACAAGAUGCGUUACUUGUGCUGAGUUUUUAUGCGAUGAUUGUACCUCUGCACACAGAAGAACGACAAUGACUAGAAACCACGAAAUCCGAGAUUUGUCUCAGCUCAUAGACACGAAUAAUUUAGAUGCUUUUCAUACACCCUUGAAAUGCCCUUUGCAUAAGAAUGGUAGCGAAGACAGCAAUCUUACUGUAUACUGUAACAAAGAGACUUGUCAGAAACCAGUAUGUCUUGUGUGUGCAGUCAUCACGUGCAAACCAUCGAAAGGUCACACGCAUCUCGAUUUAAAAGAAACAGCGGCUACAAAAAAACUGAACAUGAAAAAAAGCAUUAGACAAAUCCAGAAGACUCGAGAGGAAAUUCAACCAGUGAAACAACAUGUGAAAAGUGAGAUUGAGGUCAUUAAUGAACUAGAAAGAACAGUAGAGGAUGACAUUGAUUUUUCAAUAGAAGAGAUGAUCAAAAUGUUGGAACAAAAACGCAUGGAACUAAAAUUCGAUCUGAAGAAAAGAGUGGACAAGAAACGCGAGACACUUAAAGAACAGGGAAAAUCUCUGUCUGAACGAGAAGAGGACAUUUCCCAUGCCUUGAAAUUUGCAGAGCACACUCUUUGCUCAACAAACGAUGCAGCAUUUUCACAAAUAGACAAGACUAUAAUGCAUCGAUUAUAUCGGUUGCAACAUGACCCUUUUGACAGAGUGCCUCAUGAACGCGCAUUUGUUACUCUUGAGAAAUCCAAAGUCAUGACAGAACUGCAACAGAUUCUGACCGAAAACUUAAAGAUUUGGUCCUCUUCUAUUUUCCCGCCUUACACGACGAUUGAACUUUCCGGUAAGGCCGUAGAAAACAGUUUGACGAGGCUAUCAGUGUAUCUCAGAGAUCACCGCAACCAACCAGUGGAAACCGGUACCAGUGUUACCGAGAAUCUGAGGAUCACUGUCGCCGAUCCAUCAGGAAAGAAAAUCACGCUCUCACCUGCACAGGAAAGUCAGUCUGCUGUGGGCGUUUUGGUUGUUUCGUACGUACCAUUCACUUCCGGUAAAUUCGAGCUGGUUGUUGAAGUGAUGAGGAAAGAUGUAAGUCGCUUAGUUUUUGAUGUGGCUCCAGAUGAAUCUCAUCCACGGCAUUGCGAAGCUGGUUUCAAUUCCAUUAUGAACAGAGAUGCAUGCAGACCCAAUUUCACAUUUGACGACGUCAGGGCACAUUCAGAUGUUAUGGUCACAGAUAAAGGACAGAUAUUCCAGAAUUUUUCAUCAAUUUUAAGGACUGCACCACCGCCUAGUACACAAUUUAAACGUUUUAAGGGAACAUGCGGAUCAAUGCCAUUUCAGAAAGACGACGUUUAUUUCUACGAGAUCGAUGUUUGUUUCUGGCUGAGAAAAAUACUUGACGACACAGAUCUUGUAUUUGAAAUUGGCCUCGCUUUGGAAUCGUCGAUUGACAACAAACAUCACGUGGAAGGUCAGCCUUAUUGCUGGUCUCUGAUUGGCUCCCAUCACGCGCAUUGUAACGCAGUGUGCAUCACAGUUGCCCACGAGGGUCGUUCUGUGUUUCACCAAAAGAUAUCAGACAACACUGUUGAUAGCGUUUUUCAUAAGGCAUUUGGGUUUUUAGUUGAUAUGAGAAAAGGUCUUUGGCAAAUUUUUGACUCCAACCAAAUGCUAUGUUCCUUGGAAAUAGAUACCGAAAAUAUAUUACUUCCGGUUUUUGCUGGCUAUAACCCUUCAAAAGUUGUGCUGAACCUGACGCUGAAGUACUGAUUGGACUCCUGAAUAUUUAAGUCGCACAUCAUAUAAUAACAGAACUAAAGUACUAGUAUUUACAUUUACGAAAUUAUCCAAUUCAAUUUGUUAGGUCACCUUAAUAUUAUGCGAUCAUGUAAAAACUUCUUUUUUCUUUUUGCAUUCAAGCACAGGAGUUCGCGUUCCUGUCAAUUUUACCAAAAUUUUCA